AUGGAAGCUUCUUCACCACUAGCUGCCAUGCAGCACUCCUCGGCUUUCUUAGGCGGUCACUGUGGGUUCAGGGCAGAUGCUUCUACUGCGUAUCCCAACUACGCAACGAUCAAGGGCUUUGGGCCAAACUGCUUCAACUUCAAAGACCUUUCUAUGAAGAAGGCUCGCUCUGAUUACUUUAGUAUGCAGCCCGUUCGAGGUUCUUCACCAACAGCUAGCUUGGCUGCGGACCUCUCGCAGAACUUUCAUAUUGACCAGAGCCCACAGCUACCCACUCCACGUCGUGCACUGUUCUCUACUCAGGUCAUGGGAGGUCUCUCUGGACGAGGAGUUCAAACCGUUACAACACCACCGGUCCCUUCAUCCUCUCCAUUACCUACCAGCGACUCAAUGGACAUCUCACCCCUGCCACACAAGCCGGCCUUCAGCCGCACUGUCGAGAUAGAGCUGCAGUCUCCCACACCUGAACUGACCCCGUCGGAUUCUUCAAUGCUGUCAGAGCCAUCACCAAUUGAGCCACCUGCAUUCCAGUUUCCGCAGCUCACCAUUCCUCAUGAGAGAAGAAAAUCUGGUCCCCGUCGUCCAUCACUAUCUCGAACCAAGGGUCUUUCUACCAGUUCCAUUCCUCAAAAGCCUUUGACAGAGACUCAACCUCCCCUAUUCAAGUUCGGCAAUGUUAUUGGAGCGCAGAAAGCGGCCUCCUCCUCCUUAUGUAAUCUGUCUGAAGCGUUCGACGAGUCACCCCCAAAGGAGAAGCUGGUAGUUCGAAGUAAUCCGCUGAUGCCGCCACCACGGUUAAGACAACCCUUUGCUGGGCUUGCCAAUGUCAGCCGAAAUGCUUCGCCUCUCGGACACGUGAGAAAGAACUCAAACCCUGUCACUCGACCUCGCAAACAAUUCAGAAGGUCCUUGAGUAUGUUUGAGCAUCCAGAGGACGUCAUGAACCAGGGGAGAGUCGCAUCUCUAUCGCCAAUUGCCGAUGUUGAAGCUCCGCAUGUUCCUCAACUGCCUCACACUGUCUGCCAAGAUGAAUCAAACAACUUGCCUCGAAUCUCCAAAGAGACCUUGGUAGAGGUUUUGGAUGGUAAAUUCAACCAUCUUUACGAGAAGUUUGUCAUUAUCGACUGUCGGUUUGAAUAUGAGUACGAGGGCGGUCACAUUGACGGAGCCAUCAACUUCAACGACAAAGAGCAAUUGUCGUCCCAGCUCUUCGACGUCGAGCCAACCUCCAGAGCACUUUUAAUCUUCCACUGCGAGUAUUCAGCUCAUCGUGCACCUAUUAUGGCCAAGUUUAUUCGUAGCAAAGAUCGACAAGCAAAUGCUGAACAUUACCCACAACUCACCUACCCCGAAACAUACAUUCUAGACGGUGGGUAUAGCUCAUUUUUCAACGAUUAUCGAUCUAGGUGCUUUCCACAGAACUAUGUCGAGAUGGACGCCCAGGAACAUGCGCGGGCCUGCGAGAUGGGUCUCGGCAAGGUCAAGCAGCGAUCCAAAUUGGCGCGGGCGCAGACUUUUGCUUUCGGCCAGCAUUCACCUUCCAUGGAAGACAGUCCUACUGGUCCGAGCCGAAGUCAUCACAACUCUGCCAUGGAGACUGACUUCGCUUCUGGCAAGAAGGUCGACCUAGACUUCCGUGGCGCUCAUGAUCCUCAUUCCUUUCGAAACCGUCGGAUGUUCUCCUAUUAG